AGCUGUUCUUUGAUGGAGACCAGCCAGGAGGACCAGGGGCCAGAUUGGGUACUACUUAUUCCUUGUCUUUGAAGAAUUUUUUUCUCUCUGGAGAUUUCCAAGUUCACAACCCCAGGGCAAGAUGGCUGAAUCCUUUUUUUCGGACUUUGGCUUAUUGUGGUACCUGGAGGAGCUCAGAAAGGAAGAGUUCUGGAAAUUUAAGGAACUCCUCAAGCAAGAACCUCUGCAACUUGAGCUCAAGCCAAUCCCAUGGACCGAGUUAAAGAAGGCUUCAAGAGAAGAUGUAGCAAAGCUGUUGGGCAAACACUACCCAGGAAAGCAGGCAUGGGAGCUGACACUGAACCUGUUUCUACAGAUUGAGCGGCGUGACCUCUGGACAAAGGCUCAGGAAGAGAUCAGAAAUAAACCAAACCCAUACAGAAAUCACAUGAGAGAAAAAUUCCGUCUCAUAUGGGAGAAAGAAACCUGCCUUCCAGUUCCCAGUGAUUUCUAUAAAGAAACCACAAAGAAUGAGUAUGAAACCCUGAAGGCUGCAUAUCCUGCCAGCCAGGCUGGAGAGCCCACACCCACGGUGGUCUUGCAAGGUCCAGAAGGGAUUGGCAAAACCACCCUUUUGAGGAAAGCCGUACUGGAAUGGGCAGAGGGCAACCUUUGGAAGGACAGAUUUGCAUUUAUCUUCUUCCUCAAUGGCUGUGAAAUGAACGCCAUUGCAGAGACCAGCUUAGUGGAGCUCAUCUCCAGGGACUGGCCUCAGUCUUCAGAGCCGGUCGAGGACAUUUUUUCCCAGCCAGAGAGAAUCCUGUUCAUCAUGGACGGCUUUGAGGAACUCAAGUUUGAUUUGGAGAUUACGACUCAGCUGUGCGAUGACCAGAAGCAGCGGAAGCCAAUGCAGAUUAUCGUGAGGAGUUUGCUGCAGAGAAAAAUGCUUCCAAAGUCUUCUCUUCUUGUUGCAUUGGGAACAGUGGGCAUGAGAAGAUAUUAUUUCCUGUUGCAGCAUCCAAAAUACAUAGUCCUCCCAGGAUUCUCUCAUCAUGAAAGGAAGCUGUAUUUCUACCAUUUCUUUCGCGAGAGGAGCAAAGCCAUGAAAGCCUUCAGUUUUGUGAGGGACAAUGUCCCGCUCUGUAUGUUCUGCCAUAAUCCUCUUGUAUGCUGGCUGGUCUGUACUUGUAUGAAAUGGCAGCUGGAGAAAGGAAAAGACCUCGAGGUUGCGUCCGAAAGCACCACUUCUUUGUAUGCAUCCUUUUUAAUUAACGUAUUCAAGUCAAGAAAUGAAAACUGUCCCCCCAAGCAGAGCAGAGCCCGACUGAAAGGCCUGUGUACCUUGGCUGCAGAGGGAAUAUGGACGCGCACAUUUGUGUUUCGCCACGGGGACCUCAGGAGGAGUGGGGUAUCUGAGUCCGAUACCUUGAUGUGGGUGGGUAUGAGACUCCUUCUCAAGAAUGGCCACUGUUUUACCUUCAAGCAUUUGUGCAUCCAAGAGUUUUGUGCCGCCAUGUUCUAUCUGCUCAGACAACCCGAGGACAAUCCUGACCCGGCCAUUGGAAGUGUGACCCAGCUUGUGACAGCAGGUGUGAGUCGGGUCCAGAGCCACUUGUCCCAGAUGAUAACAUUCUUGUUUGGAGUUUCAACUGGAAAAAUAACCAACAUGCUGGAGACAUCCUUUGGCUUUCUCCUGUCCAAAGAGAUAAGGCAGGAAAUAACCCAGUGCCUUAAAAGUUUAAGUCAGUGUGACACCAAUCAGGUUGUGGUGAAUUUCCAGGAAUUGUUCAGCGGUUUGUUUGAGACCCAUGAGAAAGAGUUUGUAAGGCAAGUGAUGGAUUUCUUCGAGGAAGUUGAUAUUUACAUUGGUAACAUUGAAGAAUUGGUAAUAUCAGCAUUCUGUAUGAAACAUUGCCAAAAUUUGCAGAAACUUCACCUGUCUAUAGAAAAUGUCUUUUCAGAUGACUCUGGAUCCAUCACAAAUGACGAGGAGAAGCUCUCCUUCUGGAAGGACCUUUGUUCUGUGUUCACGGCCAACAAGAACUUUCAGAUGUUAGAUCUGGACAAUUGUAUGUUUGACGAGCCCUCCCUGGAAAUUCUCUGGAAAGCCCUGGCUCAUCCUGUUUGUAAACUCCAAAAGUUCGGGUAUAAUUUUGCAUCUUAUGUUGGAAAUGGCCCAGACUUCUUUGAGGCCAUUCUUCACAACCCUUAUCUGAAAUGCCUGAACCUGCAUGGCACUAGACUCUCCCUUAUGAACGUCAGGCAGCUGUGUGAGACGCUGAAGCACCCCGUGUGCAUCGUGGAACAGCUGAUGUUGGGGAGGUGUGACAUCACAGCAAAAGCUUGCGACGAUAUUGCCUCGGUCCUGGUCUGCAACAAGAAUCUGAAGCUUCUCUCCCUGGUGGAAAACCCUCUGAGGAAUGAAGGCGUGCUGAUGCUGUGUGAUGCCCUGAAGCACCCAGACUGUGCCCUGGAGACACUGCUGCUGAUGUGCUGUGGCCUCACCUCUGUGGCCUGCGACUACCUCUCCCAAGCCCUUGUGUACAACACAUCCCUGUCCGUGCUCGAUCUGGAGUCAAAUCUCCUGGAAGAUAGUGGAGUGGCAUCUCUUUGUGAGGCACUGAAGCAUCCAAAUUGCAACAUCGAGCAGCUGUGGUUGUCGGAUUGUUACCUUACUCCUCUUUGUUGCAAGCACCUCUCUGCUGUUCUUGUUUGCAAUGAAAAACUAAAGACCCUGAAACUAGGGAGCAAUGACAUACAAGACGCCGGAGUCAAGGAAUUAUGUGAAGCUCUGAAGCAUCCGAACUGUAAAGUAGAGACUCUUGGGCUGGAAAUAUGUCACCUCACCACUGCCUGUUGUGAGGCCCUGGCCUCGGCCCUCACUGGCUGCAAAUCACUGAGGAACCUGAACCUGGACUGGAUUAGCUUGGACCAUGAUGGGGCAGUGGUGCUUUGUGAAGCCAUGUGCCACCUGGACUGCACCCUGCAGCGGCUUGGUCACUUCUAGGAAAGAAUGGAUUGGGAAGCAGCACUGGGAUGUAGAGAGGCAAACGAUGAUGCAUGAAGUCAAGAAAAUGUGGUUUCCAUUUUCCCAGGCUGGACAAAUCUGCAUUUGAUGAGGAGACUCAGAUGCUACUGACUGCUGUGGAAGAGAAAAAUCCCCACCUGACCAUUUCCCACCAACUUUGGGUCAAUGAAGAGUACAGGGUCAGGGGUGUGCUCUCUUGAUGGGGAACACCUCAAGUAAAUGUCUCACAAAGGCUUCUCCUUAGUCACAGUGGGUGUUCUCAUCCUGACAUACCCUGUCCUAUAAACUGUAACUCAUGGCUGUGGGGGCUGUGAUUUCAGACCUGUCCCUUUACAGCGUCCUAGCGAUGUGACAGUGGAAUGUGACUCAGUUUAUAAGUGUCAACUGUGCCUAAGUCCCCACCCCCAUCCUUAAAAUUCCCACCCUCCCUUGCAGUAUUUAGAGGAAUACAUUAAAUGGAUAAACACUUUGGAAAGCAUGACUUUAUUUUCUUAGUGGGUGUCUUGGGAUGGAGGUAGGCGCUUGGAUUUGAAGGAACCAUAAUCCUCUGACAAUUUUGACUUAGAAGUGAUGGUAGAAUGUGUCUAUAGAUUUUAGGUUUUAUUUGCUGUCCCUACAUCCAGCAUCCACCCAAACUUUCCAUUUUUAGUUUGUACAAAUUGA